UUUAACGGUACAUCGUAAAAUGGUCGCCCAAAACACUGAUUUUGAGGAGACUGUUCCAAUUGCCGACCAAGGGAAUGCUGAAGGUGGGACUGUUUACAGACCCACAUCCGUUGAUCAGCGUUUUCGCGAUUUUGAAUGCUUGCAACCGGAAACAUUAAAAAAAGAUAGUGAUCCCUUCUUUUUGUAUUUUACCACGGUUUUGGCAAGUUUAACAUCUUUCGGCGCCGGCAUUUCACUCUCAUGGACGUCUCCAGUAUUUCCAAAACUUCAGUCGGCGGAAAGUCCAUUCGGCGCGCCAAUCGAUACUCUUCAAAAGAGUUGGAUCAUUUCUCUUCUAUCAGUUGGUCAGGUCAUAGGCCCUUUUAUUUUUGGGUAUUUCUCUGACAAAAUUGGUAGGAAGAAAACUAUGAUCCUAAUCGCCUUUCCUUUGCUGGUUGGAUUUGUGAUUUUGGCCUUCGCGACUGAUGUACGGCUUUACUACGUAGCCAGGAUCCUUCAUGGACUGGGACUUGCCGGAUGCAUGACCGUGAUCGCAAUGUAUAUAGCCGAAAUUACACAACAACACAACAGAGGCAAAUUCAGCUGCAUAUCUGUGCUUCUCGUUUCCUCGGGUGUUCUGUUUCCCUAUCUAGUAGGACCCUUCCUCAGCAUCAAAAUGUUUUGCCUUGUGUCCAUUAUACCUCUGGUGGUAUUUCUUGUUCUCUUUCCGAUUUUUGUCCCCGAAUCGCCCGUAUACCUGGUGAAGUCCGGCGAUCUAGAUGCGGCAGGAUGGGCAUUGGCUAAGCUACGCAACCGAAAUGUAAGUAGCAUAGAAAAGGAUCUCCUGGAAAUAAGGGAGUUCGUCUCCGCAAAUUCCGACGAGAAACAAGGAAUCAGAAAUCUUUUCCAAUCGAAAGUUCUUAGACGUGCUUUACUUUUGGGAUUGGGUAUAUCGGCAAUACCCCAACUGACAGGAAUAUCGGUAGUGGUCGGUGUGCUUCACAAUAUCUUCGGUGCCACCGAGAAUAUAAUUUCAGCAAAGUAUGCCAGCAUAAUCGUGGGUACCAUCAAAGUACUAGCGAUAUUCGUUACAUCUGCCAUCAUAGAACGGCUCGGUAGGAGAUUCCUUUUGCUAUUUUCCGCGAUCGGGAUCUCGAUCGUACUCUCCAUUCUCGGACUUUACUUCUUCUUGCAAUCUCGUAACCCGGAACUCGUCCAGAACCUUUGGUUUUUGCCUCUAGUUUGUAUGGUACUAUAUUUUGUAUGUUUUAAUUUAGGCAUGGGUCCGGUAUCCAUGACCGUGUUAAAUGAAAUAUUUCCCUCUAACGUAAGAUCAGCAGCCACAGCUUUCGUGACUACCGUCAGUUUUGUGGUCGCGUUUAUAUUGGGAUUUUUGUUCCCUAUCGUAACUGAUUGUUUAGGACUCGGCGUUGUGUUUUGGGUAUUUGGAGGCUUCUGCGUGAUAUCUUUAACCUUUAUUUACUUCGUAGUACCGGAAACGAGAGGCAAAACUUUGGCUCAGAUUCAGGAAAUGCUAAGCGAUUAACGAUUCGUAAUCUGAGGUGACGGAUGAGGCAAAGAUCUGUAAAUUUCUGUAUCCAAUUUUAUUUUGUAUUAAAUUUUUUGUGUAGGCUGUUUUUAUUUUCAUAACUCCAUUAUCCAGUUUUUCAUUUUUAGCUCUUAAUCUUCGACAAAUGAAAUUCUAUACCUCAAUAUUUUGUGGGGUUGUCUCGACGAUACCCAACUAACCAAAACUAACGAAAACUGUAAUG